AUGGAUGUCUGCCACAUCCAUUUCCACGACUUUCUGGGAGACUCAUGGAGCAUUCUCUUCUCCCACCCUCGGGAUUUUACCCCAGUGUGCACUAUGGAGCUUGGCAGAGAUGCAAAGCUGGCACCAGAAUUUGCCAAGAGCAAUGUUAAGUUGACUGCCCUUUCCAUAGACAGUGUGGAGGACCAUCUUGCCUGGAGCAAGGAUAUCAAUUCUUAUAAUGGUGAAGAGCCCACAGAAAAGUUACCUUUUCCAAUCAUCAAUGAUAAAAACUGGAACCUUGCCAUGCUGUUGGGCAGGCUAGACCCAUCAGAGAAGGACAAAAAGGGCAUGCCUGUGAUAGCACGUGUGGUGAUUAUUUUUGGUCCUGAUAAGAAACUGAAGCUUCCUAUCCUCUACCCAGCUACCACUGGCAGGAUUUUUGAUGAGAUUCUCAGAGUAGUUAUCUCUCUUCAGCUGACAAUGGAAAAGAGGGUUGCCACCCCGAUUGAUUGGAAGGAUGGUGAUAGUGUGAUGGUCCUCCCAAUGGUCUCUGAAGAGGAAGCCAAAACUUUCCCUAAAGGAGUCAUCAUCAAAGAGCUCCCACCUGGCAAGAAAUAUCUCCACUAUACUCUCCAGCCUUAA